AUGUGGAGAGAGAACACCACCCGCAGCCUGGACACCAUCGACCUGGCCGCUCUGAGGGGUCGUCAUGUCAAGACAGGGCAGCUGGCAGCUAUCAAGGUCAUGGAGGUCACGGAGGAGGAGGAGGAGGAGAUCAAGCUGGAGAUCAACAUGUUGAAGAGCUACUCCCACCACAGAAACAUCGCCACCUACUACGGGGCUUUUAUCAAGAAGGUUCCUGCUGGACAGGACCACCAGCUCUGGUUGGUGAUGGAGUACUGUGGCGCCGGCUCCGUCACAGACCUGGUCAAGAGGACCAAGGGCAACUGUCUGAAGGAGGACUGGAUCGCCUACGUCUGCAGAGAGGUUCUGAGGGGUCUUUCCCAUCUUCACUCCCAUCAUGUGAUACACAGAGACAUUAAGGGACAGAAUGUUUUGCUGACAGAAAACGCUGAAGUCAAACUGGUGGACUUUGGAGUGUCGGCCCAGCUGGACAGGACCGUGGGCCGCAGGAACACCUUCAUCGGUACUCCGUACUGGAUGGCUCCUGAGGUCAUCGCCUGUGACGAGAACCCAGAGGCCACGUACGACUACAGGAGUGACCUGUGGUCUUUGGGCAUCACUGCCUUGGAGAUGGCUGAAGGAGCUCCUCCUCUGUGUGACAUGCAUCCAAUGAGAGCGCUGUUCCUAAUUCCACGAAACCCUCCCCCCAAACUGAAGUCAAAGAAAUGGUCAAAGAAGUUCUUGUCGUUUGUUGAUAACUGUCUGGUCAAGAACCAUCUCCAUCGACCGACCACCGACGCCCUGCUGAGACACGCCUUCAUCCGUGACCUGGCCAAUGAGAGACAAGUUCGCAUCAUGCUGAAGGAUCACCUGGACAGAACCAGGAAAAAGAGAGAGAAAGAUGGUCCAGAGUAUGAAUACAGUGGCAGUGAAGAGGAGGAGGAGGAGGAGGUGACGGAGGACGAAGGAGAACCCAGCUCUAUAGUGAACGUUCCUGGAGAAUGGACCUUAAGACGAGAGUUUCUCCGUUUACAGACUGAGGACAGUGAAGGCAGCAGAGACGGAUGUCAGGACAGAAGUUCUGGUCAUCAGAGGCAACAGGCGUUCCAGAAACAUCGGCAGCAGCAGCUGGUGGAGCAGGAACGAUACAAGCAGCAGUUGGUGGCCGACCGUCAGAGGAGGAUCCAGCAGGAGCAGGAGCAGCGGCAGAAGUUAGAGGACCAGAGGCAGCAGCUCACGGACUGUGGCUUUCAGUGGGCGGAGCUUCAGGAAAUCCUACUGGGGGAGGAGUCAGAUCUCCAUGACAACAGAAUCUCAUUGGAGGAGAGGAACAGGAAGAGCAACAAGAGGACGAGAGCUGUGGCUCCAAACCAGCAUCAGCAUCAGCAGCAGCAUCAGCAUCAGCAUCAGCUUCAGCAUCAGCAGCAGCUUCAGCUUCAGCAUCAGCCAAAGCCCCAGGCGCUGGCCCCCUCUGCAGGCAGGAGGUCACACCGCACCCUGCCCAAGGACCAGACCCAGCUCCUGUCGCUGCAGCACGACCACAGACACAGAGACAGACAGAGCGACAGACAGAGGGACAGACAGAGGGACAGACCUGCCACAGCUGUCCAGAAGUUAACGGGAAAAAGCGGGAACUCGACGACUGCUUCUGCUGUGGCUGCUUCGUUGUCCAGUCGUCCUGCCGACAGCCAGCGCUCUGUGAUGGACUUCCAGGAGUCCAACUUGGCCAGGCUGCUCCUGGCUGCUGGUCUUCCCAGCCAGGUCCAGUCCAGGCUGGGGUCUGGGAGCAGCUCCAGUCCUUGUACUCCAGCCCUGCAGAGGGCGUACCUCAGUCAGAAUGCCAACCUGCGCUCCAGCCGUGACACCCCCCACAGCAGCUCCAUGUCAGAUAUGGCCCUCUCACCCUUGUCCCCGCUGUCCCCCAUGUCCCUGGGUGACGAUGUCUUCUGGGGACACCUGAAGAUGAAGGUCUUUGACCCCAGGAACCUGGUUCCAGAACGAUCUACCUCCAAACUUUACUGUAGAGAUCUGGGUUUGGGACACAAGAGAGCUGCCUCCAGUGGCAGUUCAGUGGUUGUAGCAGAUAAAGGUGGAAGGUCGUCGUCCCACGUCUCCUCCUCCAGCAGCAGCAGCCACCGUCUCCCAGGUUACUUUAAGCUGGAGAGUCCUCUUCUGGAUCAUCAGCGACACCAACAGGUCAGAUACGCUGUGGGUCGGAUGAACAAGGCCACAGAAUACUCCUCCUCCAGUGACGAGGGCGGGAGCAGCGACGACGAAGAGAGGAACAGGUCAGUUCUGUUUAAUGGAAGAGGAAAAAACUACGUGAAGAAAAGUGAGGGUGUCGUCCUGCAGUCUCCUGGAGUGGGUUCUGACGCCACCUACCUGCUGCCAGACCUCCUGCAGAAAACCUCCUUCUCCAGUCCUAACUGUAACGCAGUCAGCCCGCCGCAGCAGUCACGUGACCUCAGCUACUCACGGUCACCUACGGCUCCUCGGUCGCCUUCACAUCAGGAAAUAAACGCGAACCUGUCUGUCUACAGCCCCACUGGGAAGAACACCUCCUCCUCCUCCUCCUCCUCCUCCUCCUUCUUCUCCUUGUCCUUUAUCGAUCCAAGGCUAAUCCCGGUAUCGCCCCCCCCUCAGAGCCCCACAGGCAGUAAGGACGAGCCAAUCAGACGGGAGAACCACAGGAAGGGUUCUGUGGUCAACGUGAACCCGACCAACAUCCGACCGCAGAGCGACACUCCGGAGAUCCGCAAGUACAAGAAGAAGUUCAACACAGAGGUUCUGUGUGCUGGACUCUGGGGUGUAAAUCUGCUGGUGGGGACAGAGAACGGUCUGUGGCUGCUGGACCGCAGCGGUCAGGGCAAGGUUUACCCUCUGAUCAGCAGAAGACGGUUCCAGCAGAUGGAUGUUCUGGAGGGACUGAACGUUCUCAUCACCAUCUCAGGUAAGAAGAACAAGCUGCGUCUCUACUACCUGUCGUGGCUGAGGAACAAAAUCCUCCACAAUGAUCCAGAGGUGGAGAAGAGACAGGGCUGGACCUCCGUCGGUGACCUGGAGGGGUGUGUCCACUACAAAGUGGUGCGUUAUGAAAAGAUAAGGUUCCUGGUCAUAGCUUUGAAGACUGCUGUGGAGGUCUACGCCUGGGCUCCUAAACCUUACCACAAGUUCAUGGCCUUCAAGUCCUUCAGGUCUCUGCCUCAGAAACCUCUGUCUGUUGACCUGACAGUGGAGGAAGGUCAAAGGUUAAAGGUCAUCUAUGGCUCCUUAUCAGGAUUCCAUGCCAUAGACGUGGACUCUGGGACCCCGUACGACCUGUACCUGCCGACACAUAUCCACGGCUCCAUUCAUCCGCACGCCAUCAUCGUUCUGCCAAACAGCGCUGGAACGGAGGUUCUGGUCUGUUACGAAGACGAAGGCGUCUACAUCGACACCUACGGACGCAUCACCAAGGAUACGGUGCUGCAGUGGGGGGAGAUGCCUGCGUCGGUCGCCUACCUCCAGUCCAACCAGGUGAUGGGAUGGGGGGAGAAGGCCAUCGAGCUGAGGGCGGCCAACACAGGAACCCUGGAGGGGGUGUUCAUGCACAAAAAAGCACAAAAGCUGAAGUUUCUGUGUGAGAGAAAUGACAAGGUGUUCUUCGCCUCGGUCCUGUCAGGGGGCAGCAGUCAGAUUUACUUCAUGACUCUGGGACAGAACUCCCUGUUCAGCUGGUAAUGACUGCAGCUCUGAGGACUCUGGGAUCAGCUAGUGAUGUCUGCCUUUCUGGUGCAGGAUUCUACCUUUGAUGCCUUAUCCAGUCCAUUAUUACCCCCCCACCCAAGACUGAAGGUUGAUACCGUGGUCAGAUUCUCUUGGAUCCAUUGCUCUGGUCUGGAUCCACAGUUGAGAUAAUCGUUACUCAGGCAGCAGCAGAAAAGCUGGAGGCUGGAAAAGUGCUCCCCCUGCUGACGCAGCACAACUGUCUCACCUGUCUCACCUGGGAUCAAAGAGUCAAAUGAUGUGAAAUGUAGAAUCUUUUUUUUUAUUAUUACCCCACACC